ACCGCUACAUGUUGCUGUUGAUGCUGUAGAGUAACCUAAAAAAAGAGGUUACCAUGGCUUCGGAUGGAAAUGAGUGGGAGCUAAGUAAAGAGAAUGUCCAGCCUCUUCGGCAGGGGCGAGUUAUGGCUACAUUGCAGGAAGCUCUGGCUCAGCAGGAUGUUUCCAGCCAUGCAGCUAUCCAGCAGCAAAAAAGGGAAUUUGAAUCUGAAAUUCGUUUUUACUGUGGUGGUGAUCCUCUAGAUGUCUGGGACAGAUACAUCAAAUGGACAGAGCAGACCUUUCCUCAAGGUGGUAAAGAGAGCAACCUCUCUGCUGUGUUGGAGAGAGCUGUUAAAGCACUGAGUGAGCAGCAGAGUUAUUACCAAGACCCCCGGUACCUCAGCCUCUGGCUUAAAUUUGGGAACUGCUGUAGUGAACCUCUGGACCUGUAUAGCUAUCUGCACAGCCAGGGGAUAGGCACAUCUCUGGCGCAGCUUUAUAUCACUUGGGCAGAGGAACUUGAAGCAAGAGGGAACUACAAGAAAGCUGACUUGAUAUUCCAGGAUGGCCUGCUGUGUAAGGCUGAACCAUUGGACAAGCUGCAGUCCCACCAUAGGCAGUUCCAGGCCCGUGCAUCUCGGCAGGCCUUGCAAGAUCUUGAAGGACAUGACGAGGAAGAUUCAAGUCUUUCUGCUUCUGAACCCCAAAGAACAACGCUGGCAGAAUUAAAAGGAAGAGGGAAGAAAACAGUGAGAGCCCCAAUCAGUCGUGUAGAAAAUGUUGUGAAAUUCCCAAGCCAGGGGCAGAGGCUCCAGAAUCCAGCGGGUCAGCGGGUGUCGAGUUGUCCAGCCUUUGCAGUAUAUGAUGAGAAUAAAGCAGAGGUUUCUAGAGCUGAGCUUCCAGCGCUUGUACCACAGCCAUGGGCAGCCCCUCCAACAAUAAAGGCCAAAGAGAAUGACUUGCAGGCAGGACCGUGGAACAAGGGGAGGCGUCCUCGGAACAACACGGACUCCAGCCCUGUGGCUCCUACUGUGCUCCCUAAUUUUACUCCGUAUGUUGAAGAGUCAGCACAGCAACAAACAAUGACUCCCUGUAAAAUAGAGUCUAGCAUAAAUAGCGUGUUAAGCGCUCGAAAGCCAGGGAAGGAGGAAGAUCCAUUACAUCGUGUGCAAAGUCAUCAGCAAGAUGAUCAGGAAAAGAAGGAGCAGCCGAUGUAUUGCAAAGAGAGAGUAUAUGCUGGUGUUGAGGAGUUCUCCUUGGAAGAAAUCAGAGCUGAAAUCUACAGAAAAAAACAAAAAAACAAAAGGGAAGAAGAACUACAAACAAUAGCACAGAAGAAAGCAGAAUUACUAAGGAAAAUUGAAGAGAUGGAGAAGAUCCAAAUAGAAUCACAGAUGCCUGUUGGUUUGACUUCUGAUGUGCCAGAAGUUCUGACGUUUCCUAUGACACAAACACAGCCCUCAGUGACAGAUACCGCAGCACUCACUGAAAGAUCUCUUCCAGAUUGUUUCUCCUUGAACAGCAAUUUUGAACUGGAUGAAAAUGUUCAACACAGAAAGUCGAGCUCCAGCGAUUCUGAAAUUCCUCCUUCGGUGGUUCCCUCAGUGCCUUUCUCCAUAUUUGAUGAGUCAUCUGCUUCAGAAAACCAGGAUGUCAGUCUUUCUACUCGUCUGCCACUGGUAUGUGCCAAAUGUCCUCUUGCUGUUCGCAAAACUUCGGAAAGUAUCACUGCUAAGGAAAACGUACCUCCUGAAAAUUCUGAUGAGCUUCAUGGAAUUGAACCCCUGAGUGAAGAUCUAGUUGUUAUGGGCUCAUAUAGAAACAAAACCUUCUGCUCCAACCCUGAAGAUACUUGUGACUUUGUUACGGCUGCCCACAUUGCUUCAACACCUUUCCAUGGGGUAACAGAACAGAGAGGUCGACUUGAUAAUGAGCCAAAGGAAGCAUGUCCAGAACCUCAGGCAGGAUCUCUGAGCCAGCAUACAAUUGUUAGUGAGGAUCAGUAUGCCGAAGCCCUGUAUGUAAAAAAACUGAGUCCAAUUAUAGAAGCAAGCCUGGAAGAUACUGCAUCUUCUGCAUCUUCAGCUUCCCCUACACAAAGCUCCACGAAUACGUUUGAACAGAUCUCAGAGACUCUGAAAUUGGCUCAGAGCUGCACUCACGAAAUCACCAGCAAUACAGAAAAUUUCUCUAGCAACUCUGCAGGGGGAUUGCAGUAUAAAGAACAACGCAAACAGCUCUUGCAGCCCCUUCCAGACUUUCUAACAAAGUCUCCUGACUUGAAAUUAGAGCCUCAGCCUAUGCCUUGGAUGGAAGUAGAAAAAGAAGUUGAUAUAGGCAAUGAAACUUACAAUAUCACUCGUGAGUAUGUUAUCAACGAAGAUGACAAGAUGUUCUCUGCUGUGUUAGCCAUCUUUCUUCAUGAAACCUUAGCAUCUUUAAUAAAGGUGCACUCUGAACCUGUGCCUUGGGACUUUUACAUCACGCUGCAACUGCAAGAGCGACUAGGUGCUGGGUUUGAUCAGAGCUUCAGUGACAGCUACACUUGUUUCUUGUACCACAAUGGCUGUGUGACUCUACAUAAGGAGAUAAAUCACUUUACUCUUCAGGAUGUGAUCCAGUUCUGUACAGUUAUUCCACAAGAAGUGGUCUUGCUGAUUGUCGACAAUCUCCUAGAUGUGGUGGCAAAAUUACAUACAGUAGAGAUAGUUCAUGGAAACCUGCAUCCAGCAACGUUAUUCUUGGGAGACAGAAUCUAUAAUGUCUUUGCCAGUGCUGAGACAUCCCGUGCUCUGAAGAUAGUAGAUUUCUCUCACAGCCUGGACCUGAAGCUACAGCCAAGAAUGAGUUUUCUGAAAGGCUUUCCAAUAGCUCAGACCCAGGCCGGGCAACAGAUCCUGAAUGAGAAAUCUCUUCCUUACCAGGUCGACCUGAUAGGCAUUGCAAAUACAGUCCACCUUAUGCUCUUCGGGGAAAGCCUGCAAGUUCAUCAGGAAGAAGGCUUCUGGAAAACUACCAGAGAUGUAUCCCAGUGUGUUGACAGUGACCUGUGGAGUAAGUUCUUUGUGCAACUUCUGAAUGCAAAUGGUAGGUCUAGUGUGCCUCUGCUAAGAGAACUAAGAGAAGAAUUGAGAGGUGCAUUUGAUAGCUCUUUCCCAUUUCGCCUCUCUGAUUCCUUGACAAAGCUGGAAGACCUUUUCAACCCUGAGAGCGUCUUUUGA